AUGUCCGAAUUCAAAGUGCCACAUAAGCGGUAUCGACGGGAGGAUGCUGAAUCCAAUUCUGAUGAUGAAUAUGUACCGUAUGUGCCUGUCAGAGAACGAAAAAAACAAGAGCUACUCAGAUUGGGAAGACUUUCAAAGCUCAAAGAAGAGUCUGGAAAAGUGAAAUCAUCUAGUGAUGAAUUUGAUGAUGAUGAAACUGAAGGACAAGUAUGGGGUAGGAAAUCAAACAUUAGUCUUUUAGAUCAACACACAGAGCUGAAAAAACUUGCUGAAGCAAAAAAAGAAAGUGAAAUGGAAAAACAGUUAAAAGAAGAAGAAAAAAUUUUAGAAAGUGUUGCGGAGAAAAAAGCCUUAAUGGGUGUUGCUGAAUUGGCCAAAGGUAUCCAAUAUGAUGAUCCAAUUAAAACAAGUUGGACAGCUCCUCGAUACAUAUUAGCCAUGCCAGAAGAACGCCAUGAAAAUGUGCGUCUUAAGUUACGUAUACUAGUUGAAGGUGAAGAAAUUCCUCCUCCUCUCAAAUCAUUUAGAGAGAUGAAAUUAAACAAAGGUAUUAUGGCUGGACUUUCUCAAAAAGGUAUUAAAAAACCAACACCAAUUCAAGUCCAAGGAAUUCCCACUGUAUUAUCUGGAAGAGAUAUGAUUGGUAUAGCAUUUACUGGAAGUGGUAAAACAUUAGUUUUUGUACUACCACUUUUAAUGUUUUGUUUAGAACAAGAAAUGAGAUUACCAUUUAAACCUAAUGAAGGACCGUAUGGAUUAAUAAUCUGUCCAUCUAGAGAAUUGGCAAAACAAACAUUUGAUAUUAUUAAUCACUAUAUGACAUAUCUGGAACGAUCUAAUUACCCAAGACUUAGAUCAUGUUUAGCUAUAGGAGGCAUACCUGUUUUUGAAUCACUUGAUGUUAUUAAAAGAGGUGUACACAUAAUGGUAGCAACUCCUGGUCGACUAAUGGAUAUGUUAGAUAAGAAAAUGAUAAAUUUAGAAGUCUGUCGCUAUCUUUGUAUGGAUGAAGCUGAUAGGAUGAUUGAUAUGGGUUUUGAAGAAGAUGUGAGAACAAUAUUUUCAUUUUUUCAAGGUCAGAGACAAACAUUGUUAUUUUCAGCUACUAUGCCAAAAAAAAUUCAAAAUUUUGCUCGAUCAGCCCUAGUUAAACCAAUUACCAUUAAUGUUGGUAGAGCAGGUGCAGCAUCUAUGAAUGUCAUUCAGGAAGUAGAGUAUGUUAAACAAGAAGCAAAAGUGGUUUAUUUGCUAGAAUGUUUAAAAAAAACUACCCCACCAGUUUUAAUUUUUGCUGAAAAGAAACAAGAUGUUGAUGCAAUACAUGAAUAUUUAUUGCUUAAAGGAGUUGAAGCUGUGGCUAUACACGGAGGAAAAGACCAAGAGGAACGUUCAAAGUCUGUUGAUGCGUUUAGAAAAGGCCAAAAAGAUGUGCUUGUUGCUACUGAUGUAGCUUCCAAAGGUUUAGAUUUUGAAGAAAUACAGCAUGUAAUCAACUAUGAUAUGCCCGAUGAUGUAGAAAAUUAUGUACACAGAAUUGGUAGAACUGGUCGUUCAGGUAAAACUGGUAUAGCUACAACAUUUAUCAAUAAAGCAAAUGAUGAAUCUGUACUAUUAGAUUUGAAGCAUUUGUUAAUAGAAGCUCGUCAAAAAGUCCCAUUGUUUUUGUCUGAAUUGGAAUCAGAAAAUGAGAAAUACUUACAACUCGGAGAUGAAAGAGGUUGCAGUUAUUGUGGUGGUUUGGGCCACAGAAUUACUGAUUGUCCUAAAUUAGAAGCAAUACAAACUAAACAAGCAUCUAAUAUCGGACGUAGGGAUUAUUUAGCGACUAGUGCUGCGGAUUAUUAGUUUUACAUUACAGUCAUGUAUAUUCUUCUGAUAAUCUUACAAAAUUUGUCUACCCAAAAAUUAUAUAUUAAGAUGAAAAAUCUCAAUUAUAUUGUUUGAUUGUAUAUCGAUUAAAUUAA